UGUCCUUUCAUCAUUUAUCAUCAUUUAUUUGAACGAAUAAGAAUCAUGCAACAAGAUUUACGAAAAUCUAUGGAUACCACCCAAACUGCUCUAGAUCAAAUCGAGGAACUUCGUGGAAAAAUUCACUUAAAAGAGCGAGAUGCCAAAGCAUGCUACGAGAGUUCCGAAACAAGGAAGAUACAGUAUGAGAGAUUGAUUGCGAAACUGAGAGAUGAAAAUAAAAACAAAAGAGUACAACUUGCUAAAAGUAUCAAUGGAGACGAAGAGGUGAUACGAGCUGUGUUUAACAAUAGACGAGAGGAGCUGUUGUCUAUGCAGAGGUGCACAGUCGAUGAAGCAACCAAGACCAUGGAUCAGAAGGUCUGUGAAGCCAGUAAACGGUUGAACAAUUUACGAUACCAAAGAACGGACCGCGAGGAACGAGUCCAAGAAAUGGAAACGAGGCUCAACAGAAUGAAACGCACUGAUGCACAAGACUAUGAUUUUGAAAGAAAGCGAGAAAUUCGACGGUUACAAAACGAGAUGGAUAAAGCCAGAAUCAAAUUGGAAGCAGCUAGAAAUAUCACAAGGCGAUACCAAGAAAUCAUGCGUUAUAUGGAAGAGGAAUGUCGUUUGUAUCCGGCUCGCCUUGACAACUUGGAAUCCUCCGUGGUUCAAGCCAGACAGGAACUAGCAGUAUUACGUCAAAUGAAUGAAAAGGCGGUAAAUAGUAAAGAUGAAGCAAGGACCGAAUUGCAUACUAUGGAAAGAGAUAUGUACCAAGCUAAAAGGGCGAGGGACGCUCAACUGAACGAAACGAAGAAGGAGGUAGAGAGGCGACGAGAACCAGUGGUAGAACGUGUGGAAAAGAGGGCCAAAGUGAACCUUAUUAUGGACAAUACAGAUUCUAAAGCUGCCAAGCUUCAGAUGGAGAAAUAUGAGAGACAAGAACACCUUCUGACACUUAGUGAAGGAUUUGAGAAGAUCAAGAGCGCCAUUAAGGUGUCUGAUAUCGAGGACAUAGUAUUCCGAGUCACUAACCAGGAGUUCACGCAUGGAAGACUUAUCAAGCAGGAGAAAGAGAAGAAACAUACCAAGGUCAAACUCCUGGAAGAAAGAGACAAACUUACCAGAAUCUUUGAAGAGAUGAAGUUCACAAGCCAAAGGCAACUCGCAAAAGGACGGAAAAUGGUGGAUGAAAUGCAGGAAUUUGUUGCCAAGGAAGAAAAAAAGUGUGCUGAAGCGGUACAGGGGAUGGAAGCGAAUGAGAAGCUGUUGAUAGAUCUCCAGUUUGGAAUAGCUACUCUGUACGACAAACUCAAAGAAGUCAAACUCAAGCCGCCAUACCAUAACUUCAGUAAAGGUGAUCCGGUGGAUGAUCUGGCUAACUGUUCCCGGAAACUAGAACUGCUCGCCCGGGAACAGGCCAUAAAGGAAGAGGUGCCAAAAUUGUCAAAAACCUCUGACCAGUUCAAGCUUCAUGCAUAUUUAGAAAGUCAACUUUCUCCGGAGAAUAUCCGGAUCCGAAUAGAAACGGAUGACGGAAGUGACGAUGAUGAGUUCCGGUUUGAUCACGACCAAGAUAACGAAGGUCUGUUGUCAAGGGAAGAUAUCAAAAGACUGGGAAAGGAACUGCUAAACUCUAAGUUAAAACCAAAGAGAAAGAAAGGAAGAAAGCAGCGAAACUAAAAACACGUC